GGCCAGACCCCCAGGCACUAUUCCUUCCGAGAGUUAACCGGAACCGAGGCCAUGGCCAGCCCUGUGUUGCAUCUAUUCUCGAAGAAUAUCCAACCGAGUGAUCGGUGAAGAUCAUGCUAUGCAUUCUUCACACGCAUUGAUUCGAAACAUGAUCUACGUCCGUACUCCAAGUUGACAUGGUCAGUACAUUGCGCCUCCAGUAUAGAACCACCCGUCUUCGCCGCCCUUUUCAUGUCUUCUAGCGUUUGCUCUGUUUCCAACGCCAACUUCAUGUCCUGACCCUCUCACUCUGGGGCGAUGACCUAUUCCGCCGAAUACCUGCAGCCUGCAGCUUCCCCGCCGCCUGGCGUUACUCAAAACUUCGUAAACUCCGAAUCCCUUGCCGGUGAAGUGCGAGUCUACACUCUCUUUUCCUGCUGCCUUGCAACGUUCUUUCUUAUCUUGAGACUCUUCGCGCGCUGUCAUGUUCUCCGUCUUUUUGGCUGGGAUGAUUUCCUAGUGCUCAUUGGCCAGAUCUGUGCUUGGAUUUUUGGAAUCCUCAGCAUGGUAAAUAUAAAAAAUGGGUACGGCAUUCAUAUAUGGAACCUUUCAGUGUACAAGGUCAUCGCUUUUAAGAAGUAUGAUCUCGCCGAAGAAAACGUCUACUGCCUCGGAGUUAUGUUCAUCAAGCUCUCGGUCCUGGUCUUCUACCUGCGCCUCAACCCCGACGAGACGUUCCGCAAAGCGACAUUUUGUCUCAUGGGCCUUGUGGUAGCCUACAAUGUCCUCAGCAUGAUUGUCUUCACAUGCGUUUGCGUGCCCGUUCGCGCACAGUGGGACGUCCUCAUGACGAACGCCAAGUGCAUCAAUCAACUAGCCUUUGUCUACGCCAACGCCUCGCUGAACGUGGUGACUGAUUUCUUUGGCCUUUUCCUUCCCAUCCGCAUGGUCUGGGACCUGCAAUUCCGGAGCACAAAGCAUAAGAUCCUACUCCUGAUCGCUCUUACUGCUGGGUCCUUCGUGUGCAUCCUCAGCAUCGUCCGCAUCAUCACGACGCUCCCUUACAACAACAGCAACGACGUGACGUGGUACAAAGUCACGACGGCUAAAUGGUGCAUGGUCGAAAUCAACGCCCUGACCAUCACGGCGUGCAUCCCGACGUUGAAACCACUGCUCAACGCCGCGUUCCCCACCGUCUUCGGAAGCACCAAGGAUUCGUCGUCUGGACCUUCGGAGGGACAGGGCAGCAUCCCUAUAAAUAACAGAUGGUCGACUAAGAAAGGACAGCGCCUACGUGGCUACGAUGACGAGGAACGUGCUAUGAGGAAAUAUCUUCCGGACUGGGUCAAGGACACGAACACAUAGAUUGGGUGGGUAGUCGGUCGGGGAAUUGCGGCGUUUAGGAGGAACACAUGAAAGACGGUGUCAUGGCAGAGACGACAAAAAAGCAUCACGUAUUAUUCAAGAAUUCAGCAUCUACAGAGCCUACAUGGCUAUUUUUCCGCAUCCCCCUCCAUCAACGGUUUUG